UGUGUACUUAUCGCUGCUGUGAAUAUGUCUAAAAUAGACGACCUAUUCGACAAGAAGAAAGAUGAAGCCCCUAUGCUGGAUUUAUCUAAAACUGUCAUCAACACUGCCGAAGAAUAUCGUGCUGUUUUGGAUAAAGUGCCCGAUUUCAAAACGAGACCAGAAAAGGUGAAAGCGGAAGACGUGAAGAUCCGUGACUCUCUCGAAGAUCAGAAGACCAAGACGCCGCGCAAGGAGGUCCGAGCCUACGAGAAGCUGGGCACGCGGGGGUACGAGGAGAAGCACUUCACGUUCAUGGACCCCGUGCCGGCCGAGAUGCGCGGCCUGCAGUUCCACGAGCUGUGCGCUGUGCCCAUCGAGUGGCGGAUGCUCACCUCCAUACGACCCAAGUCCAAGCUCGACGAGGAGUAUUUUAACAGACUGAUAGAGCUAGGCAAGUCGGAGCUGCGCACACGGGCUCGGGACCGGCGCGAGGUGGCCAAGAACAGCAUGGUGCGGCGCAGCAAGAACCGCGCCGGGGUCGCCGAGACCCGCCUCGUGGCUUGUACAGAGUGCGGGGAGGACUACUGCGACGGUAAGAUGUGCACAAUAACCAACUACGACAUGUUUGUCCGCGUGAAGCUAGAAGUGGAGCCCAAGGCGCGGGCGGCGGCGGCGGCGCCUAGCGGCCGGAUGAGGAAGCUGCGGCGGCGCGCGCGCAAGAAGCCACGCAGCAAGAGCGCCGCGCCUGCGCAGACGGUGUCGGCUGGCAAGAGCGGCGCCAAGAGUGACUCGGAGUUGUAGUCACUCUGUAGAGGGUCACUCAGAAGGGCUAGCACGGGCGCAUUUAAAACGUGACAAAAGCUCAACAAAAGCGAGCACGACGAAAAACUUUUGUCACGUCUUAAUUGCGCCCAGUGCUAGCCUUUCAGAUUUCGCAAACGUUAUUUAAUUGCUCAGCGCUUGUGGUCACAAAGCCCCAAUGAUAACGUUGGUCAGGACUUAAUUUUCACUUUUAUUAAAAGUCUAUCGCCGCUUUAUUUAUAACUAAUUAAUGGAACGAUUGAAUGAUGACAGUGAUGGUAGGGGUAUCAGGGGCAAUUGCAUCAUUUUAAACUACCUUCUUUAAAGUAAUUUUUCCAUCUAAAUCUUACCUAUACCUACAACAUUGAAUUACAUAGGUAACUAAUUAUUUAUAGUCAUACCUAUUUGCAGUCUUGCCGUUUACAAUAAUAUAAGGUUCAAAGUCAAUGUCAGUGAUUCUUCCCUACGCAGUAUUUAGCUCUUUUUGUAAAUUGUACUAUUCGGUGAGUAGAGUAGUCACCAUUAUUAUCAAUAGUACCUACAUUAUAUCGUUAUUGCAUAACAAAUAUCUGCACAGUUUAGGUACUCUUAAGAUUUUCUAGUUUACAUAAAUAUACUCAAACUAAAGAUGUAUACCAAAGUUUCAUACAUAACUAGUGAUUUGGCGUCCUAUGCACUAGCACUCUAAGAAUCAUUUAUACAUAACGUAGUAAAUCUCUGUUUUAUAUGACUUUUGAUAGAAUUUAUUGUAUAAAAGUGAGUAAAUAAAUAAUGUGAAACUUA